GCGGAGACAACCAAACCGAAUCUCUGAAGAAAAAUAAUUUUAUUUGUUGAAUAUUCUCUUGAACAUUCCACACACCGAAAGGAUCGCGUGGCUGGAACAACUGUGUGUGUUGUGAUGCUUUUUCUCUAUCUUUUAUCUAGUGUCAGUUUAGAUUUUUUGAGUAAGAUUAGUGCGAUUCUAGAAUGGCUCGCUUCGAAGAGGAACUAUCUAACCGGCGUGGAGGGGUCUGUCAAGCGGGCCCACCAAGAGGGGCAGGUAGGCCAGCAGGCCCCCCAAGCGGUCCUAGGGUGUACAAACAAUCAAUGGCCCAACGAGCCAGGACAAUGGCCAUUUACAACCCCAUCCCUGUCAAGCAGAGCUGUCUUACUGUCAACCGUUCUCUAUUCAUCUUUAGUGAGGACUGCAUCAUACGGAAAUAUGCCAAAAAGAUUACCGAAUGGCCUCCAUUUGAAUACCUGAUCCUGGCCACCAUUAUAGCCAACUGCAUCGUCCUUGCCUUGGAACAGCACCUACCAGCCAGCGACAAAACCCCCAUGUCAGAGCGCCUGGAUGACACAGAGCCCUAUUUUAUUGCAAUAUUUUGUUUUGAAGCUGGCAUUAAGAUCAUCGCCCUUGGUUUUGCGUUUCACAAAGGCUCCUAUCUUCGGAAUGGCUGGAAUGUAAUGGACUUUGUGGUGGUACUAACAGGGAUGCUGGCUACAGUGGGAGCAGACUUUGACUUGAGAACUCUGAGGGCCGUACGGGUCCUGAGGCCACUGAAACUGGUGUCUGGAAUCCCUAGUCUUCAGGUAGUUCUAAAGUCCAUCAUGAAAGCCAUGGUGCCUCUGCUGCAGAUUGGCAUGCUGCUCUUCUUCGCCAUACUCAUGUUCGCCAUCAUCGGCCUGGACUUUUACAUGGGCAAGUUCCACCGGACCUGCUUCAGGACUGAUACAGGUGAGCAGGCAGCAGAGUUCCCCUGUGGUUUGGAGGCUCCAGCGAGGACCUGUGAGAAUGGCACUGUGUGUCAGGAAUACUGGAUCGGCCCCAACUACGGCAUUACCAACUUUGACAACAUCCUCUUUGCUAUUCUGACCGUCUUCCAGUGCAUCACCAUGGAGGGAUGGGUGGACAUCCUCUAUAACGCCAACGAUGCCUCAGGGAACACCUGGAACUGGAUCUAUUUCAUCCCCCUCAUCAUCAUCGGAUCCUUCUUCAUGCUCAACCUGGUCCUGGGAGUCCUGUCUGGGGAGUUUGCCAAGGAGCGUGAGCGUGUGGAGAAGAGGCAGGAGUUUCUGAAGCUUCGCAGGCAGCAGCAGAUCGAGAGGGAGCUGACUGGAUACCUGGAAUGGAUAUGCAAGGCAGAGGAGGUGAUGCUGGCAGAGGAGGACAAGCAUGCUGAAGAGAUGUCUCCUCUGGAUGGAGCGUGGUACAAGAGGAAACACAACAACCCAGUGUUAAAAAGAGCCAAGAAGAGCAAUAAUGACCUGAUCAACGCUGAGGAGGGCGAAGACCACUUCACUGACAUCUCAUCUGUUGGGUCUGCGUUCACCCGGGCUACUCCCCCAGGUUCUCCAUACACCCGGGCCAGCCUGAAGAGCAGCAAGAACGACAGUGCUUCCUACUUCCGGAGGAAAGAGAAGCGGCUCCGCUUCACCAUCAGACGCCUGGUCAAGGCCCAGAGCUUCUACUGGACAGUCCUGUGUCUGGUGGGCCUCAACACACUGUGUGUGGCCAUUGUUCAUUAUGACCAGCCUGAGUGGCUCACCUAUGCGCUGUAUUUGGCAGAGUUUGUAUUCCUGGGCUUGUUUCUGACUGAGAUGUCCAUGAAAAUGUAUGGACUAGGACCUAGGAACUACUUCCAUUCCUCUUUCAAUUGUUUUGAUUUUGGAGUGAUUAUAGGCAGUAUUUUUGAGGUGAUCUGGGCAGUUGUGAAACCUGGGGCUUCCUACGGCAUCAGCGUCCUGCGAGCUCUCCGUCUGCUCAGGAUUUUCAAAGUCACUAAGUACUGGAACUCUCUGAGGAACCUGGUGGUCUCUUUACUCAACUCCAUGAAGUCCAUUAUCAGCCUGCUCUUCCUCCUCUUCCUCUUCAUCGUGGUGUUCGCCCUACUGGGCAUGCAGCUCUUUGGGGGAAUGUUUAAUUUUGAAGAUGAGACACCAACAACAAACUUCGACACCUUUCCAGCAGCCAUUCUCACAGUUUUCCAGAUUCUGACAGGAGAGGACUGGAAUGCGGUGAUGUAUCAUGGGAUAGAGUCCCAUGGGGGCGUUCGGUGGGGAAUGUUCUCCUCUAUCUACUUCAUCGUUCUCACCCUGUUUGGAAACUACACUCUGCUCAAUGUCUUCUUGGCCAUCGCCGUUGACAACCUUGCAAACGCACAGGAGCUCACUAAGGACGAGGAGGAGCAGGAGGUGGCCAUCACUAAGAAGAUGGCCCUCCAGAAGGUCAAGGAGGUGAAGGAGGUCAGCCCCAUUUCAGCAGCUAACAUCUCCAUCACUGCGCUACACAGUAUGCUGUACACAGGCCAACAUGGAGCGGAGAGGGCAAUGCCAGCAAGUUUUGUAAAGCAAAGUCGAGGUGCACUCUCUUGCAGCUCGUCCGUCUGCAGCGUUAAUUCACUGAGUUAUGUCUGCUCCCCAGUCCAUCACUACUUGAGUAUGGAGCAGCAGAAGUCUCUGAAGAUGAUGUCAGUGUGGGAGCAGCGCACCACUCAGCUGAGGAGACACAACCUGCGGGCCAGCAGUGAGGCCCUGUACAGCGAGCUGGACCCUGAGGAGAGGCUACGCAUGUCCUCCGCCCUGCACAUCCGCCCUGACAUGAAGACCCACCUGGACCGGCCCCUGGUUGUGGAGCCCCACGAUGGCCCCGGCCCCAUGGGCUACCUCAAGCCCUGGACCCCUGAGGAGACAGAUAACCCUGGGGACCCAGCCAGCCCCCAGCCACGUAGGCGCCACCGGGACAGGGAGAGACCCAUCGACAAGGCCAAUGAGAUUGGAGAUUCAGGCAAAGAGGGUAGGCACCAUGUCCAUCACAGUCGCAGCAAGGACCCCAACGGGACUCGGUGCAAGGAGGGGAAGAGUGAGCGGUCGCACAGCCGAGAGGGUGGCAGGAGGCACCACCAGCAGACCUCAGUGGACGAGGGAGGUGGAGGGGGAACUGGGACGGGAGAGAGAGAGCACCGCCACCACCACUCCCACAGACAGGCCAGAGAGGGUAAUGGCACUGUCAACAGCGGACGCAAGGAUGAGCGCAGGUCACGCCACAAAGAUGGCCGCUCGGGAGAGAUAUGCUCCAGGGGAGAGAACAGGGCCAAUGGGGAGAGGAGGAGACAGAAGACCCACAGUUACAGGGGCAAGUCCACACUGGAGGGAGAGGAGCACAGUGAGCAGGAGAGGGGGAAGGGCCACAGGGACAGAUAUGUGGAAUCUGAGGGCGACUCCAUGGCCACUAGCACCCAGCAGGACCCUGGAGAUCAGAGGUGGGGCACAGAGAUACCUGAAGACUCAGACAACCAGAGGAAUGUCAGACGGACAGGACGGACGGCCAUCCACAUCCCCCCUGUCACCAUCACCUCCCCGCCUGGGGAGACCACCCUUAUCCCCAUGAACAGUAUAGACUGUGAGACCAUACCUAUGAACAAGGAGAAGAAGACCCUGGAGGCGUUGACUCGGACCGGACCCAGACCCAUCCUCCCCUACAGUUCCAUGUUUGUGUUUGGCCAGACCAACAUGGUGCGGCGUCUGUGUCAUUACAUUGUGAGCCUGCGGUACUUUGAGAUGUGUAUCCUGGUUGUGAUAUCUAUGAGUAGCAUUGCAUUGGCUGCUGAGGACCCUGUCCAGGCCAACGCUCCACGCAACAAUGUGCUCAAGUAUCUGGACUACGUCUUUACGGGAGUUUUCACAUUUGAGAUGGUGAUUAAGAUGGUUGACCUGGGCCUUCUGCUCCAUCCUGGUUCUUACUUCAGAGAUCUCUGGAACAUUCUGGACUUCAUUGUGGUCAGUGGAGCACUGGUGGCAUUUGCAUUUUCAGGGUCCAAAGGAAAGGACAUCAGCACCAUCAAGUCCCUCAGAGUUCUGCGAGUCUUACGGCCCCUCAAGACCAUCAAGCGCCUGCCAAAGCUGAAGGCUGUGUUUGACUGUGUGGUCAACUCCCUGAAGAACGUCUUCAACAUUCUCAUUGUCUACAUGCUCUUCAUGUUCAUCUUCGCUGUCAUCGCUGUGCAACUGUUCAAGGGGAAGUUCUUCUACUGCUCCGAUGAGUCCAAGGCACUGGAGAAGGACUGCAGAGGUCAUUUCCUGGACUACGAUAAGGAUGAGGUGGCCGCCCAGCCUCGGGUGUGGAAGAAGUAUGAGUUCCACUAUGACAACGUGCUGUGGGCCUUCCUCACUCUCUUCACUGUGUCCACCGGAGAGGGCUGGCCCGAUGUUCUGAAGCACUCUGUGGACGCUACCUUUGAGGACCAGGGUCCCAGUCCAGGCUACCGUAUAGAGAUCUCCAUCUUCUACGUGGUCUACUUCGUGGUCUUUCCCUUCUUCUUCGUCAACAUCUUUGUGGCCUUGAUCAUCAUUACCUUCCAGGAGCAGGGGGACAAGGCCAUGUCAGAGUGCAGCCUGGAGAAAAACGAGAGGGCCUGCAUUGACUUCGCCAUCAACGCCAAGCCACUGACGCGUUACAUGCCAGAGAACGUGGAGUCCUUCCAGUACCGGAUGUGGAAGUUUGUGGUGUCACCCCCGUUUGAGUACGCCAUUAUGAUCAUGAUCGCCCUGAACACCGUGGUGCUCAUGAUGAAGUUCCAUGGAGCUCCAGACUUCUACGAGGCCAUGUUGAAGCACUUCAACAUCGUCUUCACUGCCCUCUUCUCUCUGGAGUGUAUUCUGAAGAUCAUCGCCUUCGGACCACUGAACUACCUGAAGGAUGCCUGGAACGUGUUUGACUUUGUGACCGUGCUGGGAAGUAUAACUGACAUUGUGGUCACAGAAAUCAAUGAUCGGCUUUUGAACCUGAGUUUUCUGAGGCUGUUCAGAGCAGCUCGUCUCAUCAAACUACUGAGGCAAGGCUACACCAUCCGUAUCCUGCUGUGGACCUUCGUCCAGUCCUUUAAGGCCCUGCCCUAUGUUUGCCUUCUGAUAGCAAUGCUGUUCUUCAUCUAUGCCAUCAUCGGUAUGCAGGUGUUCGGAAACAUUGAGCUCAACGAGGACACAUCCAUCACUCACCACAACAACUUCCGCACUUUUCUUCAGGCUCUCAUGCUACUGUUCAGGAGUGCCACAGGGGAGGCGUGGCAUGAGAUCAUGCUGUCGUGUUUGAGUCACAGAGCCUGUGAUGAGAGGUCAGGCAACCUGGGGAAGGAGUGUGGCAGCGACUUUGCCUACUUCUACUUUGUGUCCUUCAUCUUCCUCUGCUCUUUCCUGAUGCUUAAUCUGUUUGUGGCUGUGAUCAUGGAUAACUUUGAAUACCUGACUCGAGACUCUUCUAUACUGGGGCCUCAUCAUCUGGAUGAGUUCAUCCGUGUUUGGGCUGAGUACGACCCUGGUGCCUGCGGACGGAUUCGCUAUAACGAUAUGUACAACUUGUUACGAAUUAUCUCGCCCCCUGGCUUAGGGAAGAACUGCCCUAAUAGGGUAGCGUACAAGCGGCUAGUCAAGAUGAACAUGCCCAUCGCUGAUGACAACACAGUCCACUUCACCUCUACACUCAUGGCCCUGAUCCGGACGGCUCUGGAGAUCAAACUGGCCUCAGGGAUGGUUGCCCAGCGUCUCUCUGAUGCUGAGCUGAAGAAAGAGCUCUCCCAGGUUUGGCCAAGCCUCUCACAGAAAACUAUGGAUCUGUUGGUGACACCACACAAACCCAAUGAGCUUACUGUUGGGAAGGUGUAUGCAGCCCUGAUGAUCUUUGACUACUACAAGCAGAACCGAGCCAAGAGGCUCAAGGAACAGCAACAGCAGCAGCAGAAUGCUACUGGCUCCCAGGGGAAGGUGGGGGCUCUGUUUAAACCAAUACUGCCCCUGACUCACACGCAGGAGAAAGUGAAGGAGAAGGCCAUGACCAACGUGGAGCCUCCCUGUGAGCAACUGCCUCAGCCCCAGUCUCAGGCCCUACCUAGACCCAGCUCCACCCUGCUCAACAACGGAGGCACACUGCCAGGCCAUGACGGCACCAUGAAAGGAUCAUCCUCCUGGGUGUCCGAGAAGUCUAGAGAGGUCCACAGACCCAGGAAUAAGACACCUGUCCAAAGGGGCCAGUCUGAGGAUGUCCCAAACCUAACCAUCCCCCAGGAGUCAGUGGAGAUGAGGAAGAUGGACACCAGUUGCAGCACAGUGCCUGGUCCUGGGUCUGGACUGGAGAGCCAGGAAAGAGCUGUGUCCAUGCCUCGCCUCAAUGCAGAGCUGCAGAGGAGCAAGUCGCGCCACUCCCCGGGGACCCUGCUGGCACCUGUUCCUGACUGCAGCCCAGUGAAACGCUCUGCGUCCACCCACGCCCCCCAGCGCCCCCAGGAGGUGAACCUGCAUGAAUACACCCUGGAGAGGCCCAGCACCCAAGAAAGGCCUCACCAUCACCACCACCACCACCGCUGCCACCACCACCGAGAGAGGGACAAGAAGCAGUGGUCACUGGACAGGACGCCAAGCACCAUUGGUGCACCAGGAGACCCGGCUGCAGAGCCCUCAUCUAGAGACAGGGUGCAGGACCGCGGCCGCUCCCAUGAGAGGAAGAACCACUCGACGGCAGGGGAAAAGCAGCGCUACUACUCUUGUGAUCGCUACAGCAGCAGGGAACACUGCCACACCACCAAGUCUGCCACCACCAGCUGUGCCACCUCCCCAAGCGAGGUGCAGGAACCCAAUAUCAACAAGCAGGGUAGUGGUUGGGUUAAAGGCAGCCCAGUGAUGUUGACCUCAGGGGCUAUCACACCUAGCCGUGGACGCAGGCAACUCCCACAGACCCCCCUGACCCCCCGCCCCGGGGUGACGUUCAAGACUGCAAACUCCUCCCCUGUGCACUUUGUGUCUGCCCAGUGUGUCAGCGGCCUGCCCACCUUGAGUCCUGGCUGGCUGAGCCGUGGGCUGUCUGAGCACAAUGCCCUGCUGCAUAGUGGCACCUCUCACAUCCCCUCCCCCAUCACCCGCAUCAGCUCUGAGCCCUUCCUGGGCUAUAGUCACAGUGACCCCCAGGGCCAGGGUAGCCCGUACUGCAACCUCCGGGACGAGCUGAUGAGCCCGUAUGCUGCCAGAGCACGCUCCCCUCGGACUGCACGUCCUCAAAUGAGGCCGGGGCUCCACCUGCCUCCACCACCCCAGAAGAGAAGUGUGGUGCCCAACAAAUGCCACUUUACCUUUGGUGGUAAUGGCAACGCCAGCCUGGGCUCUGACUCUGGUGCCAGGCCACACAGGUACUAUCACGAGGCAGAGGAGGAUGAAUGGUGCUAGCAUGGCUUUGAACAGAUGUUUUUAAUGCAUUUUGAGGAAUCGUGAUGAGUUUUAUCAUCUUUUUUGAAGGCUUUAGUUUACACGGUUGCUGUAUGAUAAGCUAAUUAUGGGAAAUAAAUCAUGGAGGGGUGGAAUUCAUUUGAAUGUGAACAAAACAGCAGCAUUUUUAGGACCUGGAUGAAUAUGAAAGUGGAUGUGGAUUUGGUGAAUUGUUGGUAAUUCAGUUGGAUCUGACCAACUGUAAGGUGUCUUAUGCACUGAAGACAAUGGCAUUUUUCAUUGAGGGCACUUUUGCUUUGCUUCUUUAUCAAAUGUAAUUAUUUUCAGUCUUUAUAUUGACCCAGAUAGUAGCAUAAGAAACCCUUCUACAGGUACACAGAGUAGAGAUGGGUGAGCAGCAGCCCUCUUUGCUGUCUCUGCGAUGAGCAGAGUGAUCGGCUCAAUGGAAAGUCCCAUGACAAUACCUAGACACUGUUAAGCAAGUGUAAUAACACAUGAUUAGGAAAUACUUAUUGAAACUUCCCUAAGAAACACACUGGAAAAUAUCCUAAACAGCUAUUGCUUUGCUUUGGGACUCUUACCAUUCGGUAAUAUAAAGGGAUUUACAGUAGCCCAAUCCAUUAUAUAACAUUCCCUUCCUGUCAGAAGAUACAGCCUGAUAGAGAGAGGGAUCGAUGCUGUCAUUCCAGACAAUGAUUGUUGAUUUGCUGCUGUUGAACCAUCAAACUUCACUACCACUACUAGAGAGAAAUUAGGAAUGGAAAUGAAAUGUUAUUUGUUUUAUAUAAAACUAUUGUAGAUGUUUUCUUUUCACUGUCUGCAUUUUCUGUAUGAUGUAAAAAACACUUAGUUUAUGUAAAUUGCUUACAGUUUGUCAUAAUUUCAGGUCUAAUGUUUCUUACAUACUCUCUGCUUCCAAUGUUUAAUACAAAGUGCCUAUCCUUUUUAGAUAUACUGUAGUAAAGAUGCAAAGUUAACCGUUUUUGGAAAGCAUCAACACUUAAGCAGUUUGUUCAAUUGGCUAGUUCUGCAGGAGAACAAGAUGUACAGCCAGCCUUAUCUGAGAAACGCUAACUUUUAUUUGAGAAAAAAAUUACAUUUGAAUGGAAAUGACUAACUACCUUAUGACUGCUGAUAUUUUUCUUGUUUAAUUGUCUUUUUGGUAAAUAUAUUUAAUCAAUGUGAGGGGUACAAUAAAAGCUAGUGCAAAAGCAUAUAUCAUGAACACGUAACAAACAUGCAUUAAUUGCAUUAGUAGCAUAUCAGUCCAGUUAGGGAAGACAUUAUCAGAGUAACACAACUGCAUGUUUAAAUCAUAAACCUGGUUGACCACAGUUAUGAAGAUGUAGUAGUGUAUAUUUAUUUUCCUUGUGAGGAUACUCAACUGCGAUAGCAUUGCAACCUCUGUAUUGCCUUCUGUUUCAAUGUUAGAACUGCAGACUCAGUAAAGAACAUAAGGAAUCUGAUGAUAAACAAACAGUGUGCACUUUCUGGAUGGAUGUUCUUGAGAAGCAACGAUGAAUACAGAUCCCUGAUGAGAGAGUGUGCUGAGUUGGGGCCCUAGCACCCUCUGUGUCUCUCAAUUGGCUCAGACCCCUCUGUGGUAAAGGUUUAAGUCUCCCCAUUGGCUCGGACCCACGUGACUAAGAUCUGCCCCCCGAUCUAAGCUUCCAUUUUUUAAGAAGAGUAUUUCCCAGCUGUCAGAUUAUAAUAUAAAUCUUGUUCACACCUUCUAUCUUUCUAUCUACCCAACCCAUGAUAACCGCUGAUGUUGAUUAUUCACAUCUGCCUCUAAAAAGCUUCAGAUAUUAUACAUGGAUAGUAAUAUAAUAUCAUGGAAAAUGUUGCCCUGCGAUGGAUGAUCUAAUUCUUGGAUAGCUAAAAGUUUCCGCUCUUUUCUAUUCUACAGUACAUUGGGGGUGGAAUGUAACAAGGUAUGCUGUAUAAAGUAUGCUCUACUCCAGUGAAGGUGUUGCUCAAUAAUUGAUAGUAGCGGAGAUACUGUAGGUUGGACCAGGUGUCGCCAUGACCACACACUCGUCUGGGUUCUGUACUGCAUAUUUCCCAGAAGCAGGGUUUUGAUGACAGGGAAAGUAGGGCUAUGCAACAAGACACUAUAUACUUCAUCCAUUCUGUAGCUUUACGUGCUGAGAUCUCCAGAUUCAUUCUUCAGCAUGAUUGUGACCAAAUGUUUUAUAUAAAACGUAGUUUUUUUUAAAUGAUAAAAAUGUAUUUAAAAAUGCAUUAGGCACAACGGAAAUUCAUAAAGUAUUUAGAAAUACAGCAACUUCUAUAUAUUUGCAUGCAUACAAUUUGCCCAUUUUGAUGAUGUCAAGAGGUAAACCUGUGUCUUAAACAGUAAGUGAACAAUGUUAUGGUUAUUUCUAUCUGUUCCGUGUCAGGUCACCUGAGAGGGGUGAUCGCUUCAGUGGAGGGUGUUCAGAAAUAUUGAAUAAACUGUAAUGGUUUUAUUUUGUAUAAGACAGGAACAAAUUCUCCACAUUAUUGUCCAGAUACAUUAAUUGAUUACCCCUUGACAUGUUGCCAUAGUGGGUCAAAAACAUAUAUAUACAAUCAGUCUCUUCCUUCAUCUCUGUGGCCUCUUGUAUUAUUUCUUUCAUAAGAAACAUAUCCACACCCUAGUCUCUAACAGUUGGUUGCCAAACAUUGAACUGUUCCUAUUUCUCGUUCUGCAUACCAACUGCAGUGUACAUGUGGCUUCUGGAGAAAAUAAUGUUUGCAUGUUCUGACAAUGUAUGUGCAUGUAAAUCUUGGUACUUUUUGAUGCCAUCUGUUAAUUUCUUGUUCAUUUUUAUUGAUCUUUGAUAUAAACUGUGGGGUUUGUUGGAGAAAAAAAAUCUUUAUAUAAAAACAGUAUUGAACAAUGUUGAUAGUUCCAGCCAUGCAACAGAGCUGGAACAUUAUUUGGGUCUUGAAAGUGAGAUGUUUGUUGCCUGAUUAUGUUUAUUGGCCAGACUUAGAAUUCUGAAGUUGUUUCUACAUUUACAUUUUGUAUGCAACCAAGUUCCUUGAAUUAAAAAAAUAA